CGCUCGUCUGUGAUUGGUCAGCCCGCCUGCCUCGUCAUCACUACACAGGAAGUGUGUUCGGGGACAAGCGUCGUGCCGCGCCGAGCUUCAGUGAUUUUGACCAAUCUGACCGAUUAGAGGUGAUUAUUAGCGCUAAUCAGCGAUUCGUUCCCCGUGUGUUUGAGUCAUGGUCGGGGUGAAGGUGAUCGGGAAUGACUCAGAGUUCCAGGCGGAGCUGAGCGGCGCCGGAUCCAGGCUGGCCGUGGUGAAGUUCACCAUGAGCGGGUGUCGUCCGUGUGUCAGAAUAGCUCCAGCGUUCACCAUGUUAAGCAACAAAUACCCUCAGGUUGUGUUUCUAGAAGUCGACGUCCACGUCUGUCAGGCUGCAGCUAAUAAUAUCUCAGCAACGCCGACGUUCCUGUUUUUCCGAAACAAAGUGCGCGUGGACCAGUAUCAGGGCGCAGAUGCUUCCGGGCUGGAGGAGAAAAUCAAACAGCAUGUGGAAAACGAUCCAGGGAGCAAUGAAGACUCUGAUAUUCCUAAAGGCUACAUGGACCUGAUGCCGUUCGUGAAUAAAGCGGGCUGUGAAUGUCUCAAUGAGAGUGACGACUGUGGCUUUGACAACUGCUUAAUCAAGGACUCGUCUUACCUGGAGUCAGACUGUGAUGAACAGCUUCUGAUCACAAUCGCCUUCAAUCAACCUGUCAAACUCUUCUCCCUGAAACUGCUGUCUGCUGAACUCGCUCAAGCCCCAAAGAGUGUGAAGAUCUUCAUUAAUCUUCCUCGUUCCAUGGGUUUCGAUGAUGCGGAGAGAAGCGAAGCGACGCAGGCGCUGGAUCUGUCAGAGGAAGACUACAAAGACGACGGACUCAUCCCGCUCAGAUAUGUCAAGUUUCAGAACGUCAACAGUGUGACUUUAUUUAUUAAGUCAAACCAAGGAGACGAGGAGACGACAAAAGUGAACUAUUUGACGUUUAUCGGAACUCCGGUCCAGGCGACAAACAUGAACGACUUCAAACGGGUUGUGGGUAAGAAGGGAGAAAGUCACUGAAGAGGAAAAGACGACACGACAUAUUGCUGCAAUCUCUCCACGGGCGUCUUUCUCCGCCAACAUGACUGGGCAAAAUCAACACACACACACUCACACACACACACAGCGGAGCGCUGCAUACGUCCCUCAGCUCGCCAUCAGAGGGGGAGAGAGCGAGAGAAGACACAGCUUUGUCUCAAUGAGGCCGUGUAUCACAAAUCAUUUUUAUCUGAAAACCUCCUGAAAAUGUUCCUGUAAAUAAAGUCGAUCCUUUUUCAAAGGCA